GAAAGGUUUCACCAGGGUUGUGAGGCUCCUUUUGUAUUUUAGAACUAUGCAACUGGAACAUUGCCUCUCUCCGUCUACCAUGCUCUCUAAGAAAUUUCUGAAUGUGAGCAGUAGUUACCCAAACUCGGGCGGAUCUGAGCUUGCUUUACAGGAUCAUCCUAUUAUCUCCACCACUGACAACCUGGAGAGAGGUUCACCUCUGAAAAAAAAUUCCAGGGGGAUGACGAAUCAGUCAGAGGCAGACAAUUUUCCUGACUCCAAGGACGCACCAGGGGACGUCCAGAGAAGCAAACUAUCUCCUGUUCUGGAUGGGGUCUCUGAGAUCCGUCACAAUUUCGAUGGAUCUGCUGCAGAAAGAUAUUUUCUGUCUCAAUCUAGCCAACCCCAGCCAGCAUCCGCUGUUCCCAGUGCUAUGUUCCCUUAUCCGAGCCAACAUGGACCAACUCACCCAGCCUUUUCUAUCGGAAGCCCGAGUCGGUAUAUGGCUCAUCACCCAGUGAUUACCAAUGGAGCGUACAACAGCCUUCUCUCCAACACCUCUCCACAAGGCUACCCAACUGCAGGGUACCCGUACGCUCAGCAGUAUGGGCAUUCUUACCAAGGAGGACCUUUCUACCAGUUCUCUUCUGCACAGCCGGGGUUGGUCCCUGGCAAGGCUCAGGUCUAUUUGUGCAACAGGGCGCUUUGGCUUAAGUUUCAUAGGCAUCAAACAGAAAUGAUCAUCACUAAACAAGGAAGACGGAUGUUUCCUUUUUUAAGUUUUAAUAUAUCUGGUCUGGACCCGACGGCACAUUACAAUAUUUUUGUCGAUGUAAUCCUGGCUGAUCCCAACCACUGGCGAUUCCAAGGAGGGAAAUGGGUUCCGUGUGGCAAAGCGGACACAAAUGUGCAAGGAAACCGAGUUUAUAUGCACCCCGACUCUCCCAAUACUGGUGCGCAUUGGAUGCGCCAGGAAAUCUCAUUCGGGAAAUUAAAACUAACAAACAACAAAGGCGCUUCAAAUAACACCGGACAGAUGGUGGUUCUGCAGUCGCUUCACAAGUAUCAGCCCAGGUUACACGUGGUGGAAGUGAACGAGGAUGGGAGUGAGGACAGCAGCCAGCCCGGUCGAGUGCAAACCUUCACCUUUCCUGAAACGCAGUUUAUUGCUGUAACAGCAUAUCAGAAUACCGAUAUUACACAACUGAAAAUAGACCACAAUCCGUUUGCAAAAGGAUUUCGUGACAAUUACGAUACGAUUUACACCGGCUGUGAUAUUGACAGGCUUACACCAUCGCCUGGUGACUCUCCACUCUCUCAGAUCGUACCCGGUGCAAGAUAUGCCAUGCCUGGCUCUUUCCUGCAGGACCAGUUUGUCAGCAGCUAUGCCAAAUCCCGCUUCCACCCUGGAGCUGGGGCUGGUCCGGCCAUGGACCGCAGUGUUCCUCACACCAACGGCUUGUUAUCCCCACAGCAAGGAGAGGAGACGGCUGCUUCCCCACAGCGUUGGUUUGUCACCCCUGCCAACAACCGCCUUGACUUUGCAGCUUCAGCCUACGAUGCUGCCGCCGCUGCAGACUUUGCAGGCAAUGCAGCCACCCUGCUGUCCUACGCAGCAGCUGGAGUUAAGGCUCUCCCCUUGCAAGCUGCAGGCUGCUCAGGCAGACCCCUAGGGUAUUACACAGACCCCUCCGGGUGGGGACCCCGCACUCCACCUCAAUACUGCAGCAAACCCAGCUCUGUGCUCUCCUGCUGGCCUGCUAACACUGCCAGCAGCAGGACUGCCGCCUCAAAUGUCUACCUAGGAGAGGAUGGAGACGGCCUGACUACAGAGAGAUCUUCAUUAGGGGGUUCUGAAGACCCAAAACCUAAAGAUCUUUCAGAAUCCAGCUGGAUCGAGACACCCUCUUCAAUCAAAUCCAUAGAUUCCAGCGAUUCUGGGAUUUUUGAGCAGGCAAAGAGGAGGAGGAUCUCUCCUUCAGGCACGCCGGUUUCUGAGACAGCUUCUCCACUGAAAAGUGAAAUAAUGACACCAAGGGAUUGCGAGAAGAACUGUGCAAAGGACAUUGGAUACUAUAGUUUCUAUUCGCACAGCUAGGUCUGAAAUAAUGACCAGAGCCAACAGGAAAGAUUUACAUCAGGUCAUGAAUUCUCUUAUAUAUAUUUUUUGGUCUGUCAAUUCAGGGUAUGUAUAGUAUAGCUGAUGUCAGAGUAUUGGUUGAAAUCUGUUUGUAAUCAGGAAAUGUUUAAUAUAAGCGUAUUUAUUAUGUUUCACUAUGUUUGCAUUGAAAAGAUUGAAAUGUAUUUAGUAAUUAUUUGCAAAGCGCAAUGUGUUUUUUUUCUUUUCAUCCAUCUCCUUUUUUUAUAUAAUGCACCAUUGAUAUUCAUUACCUUGCACACACUUCAAAGAAUUUGCCUGAUCUCUUGGGAUCAAGCACAUGCAUUUUAUUUCCUCAAGCCCUUCCUUGGGAUAUUUGAUCUGUUAUCCCACACCCAUGUCAUUUCUUGAAGUGCCAAACACUGCAGUUCCAUAGUACAAAGUAUGGUGCCAAUAUGUAAUGGCCUGCAGAGAGAUGUGACUUUCUGUUUAGAUUAUGGACAAGCAUUCAGUGCACCCCAAUCUCUGUAUUCAUUUAAACAUACACUGGCAUUUUGUUUUAUAAAUCGUAUAUGGUCGGUUGUUUUAAAUUCUGGGAUCUAAAAUGUUGAAAACUGUACCUUGUGGGAUUUCAAAUUUCCAACAUUCAUUUUAAUGGGAAUAGAAGAUACAUUUUGUAAAUCACUGUAAUUAGAGACAGAGAUGUGUAGAUGUUUGUGCUUGUGAGUCAGGUGUUAUGGUAAACGUAUAUAGGGUUGGACUAUAUAUCCUGUGUUGCAUUUCAAAAUGUGUAUGAAAAAAACUAACAUCUAUGUAAAGUCAAUGUAUUAUUGUAGACUGUGUUGAUUUGUCCAGUAAAAACAAAGCAAAGGUCAACAAAAUGUCUUGGUAGAAAAUAGUCUAGAUUUAAGAAAUCUAGCUUUAUUCUGAUUAAAACUGUUUUCAUAGUGAUUUGAUGUUUUCUUUUCUAAAUAGUGUUGCAGGUUUGUCUUGAUAUCCUGGCACCUUGCUAUCUAAAUAAUAGGGUAUAUGUCAGAGUUGUUAACUGCUGUACAUUUAUUUGUCAAUUAUGUAAAAUUGUCUUUAUAGUUUUAUUAAAUUGUCAAAUAUAAUAAAUAUGCUGUGAACUGGAUUUGCUUUGUUAUACCUGUUUUGUUUAAUAUUAAAGGUAUGUGUAAUUGUAAACUGUGUAAUGGUGCAAACGUGUACAUUUUUACUGAAUUAAAAAUACUCAAAACUCUUA